CUGAAGACCGUGAAAUUUUAAGAUUAUUAAGAUUCGUAGGGAUAAUAUCAACACCGGAUUGCAUACGGCUUUUACAGCGGCGAUUGACAUCUUCUUAGUCCUCUUUUCAGUCUUUUCUCCUUCGAUUUUCAUCUAUCUGUUAAUCUGUUCAUGCUCUAGUCCUUCAAUUGCUGAUUAAUAGAUUUUUCUUAGAAUUUUUAUCUGACCUAGUUCUUAAAUUGCCUAUUUCUUCUGUUUUGAUUUUUGAAAUGUGUGGAUCUUCCUAUCAUUUAAAACUUGCUCAGAUCUAUACCAGGGAUCGAUUGAUUCGUCGAAAUUUAGAACCCCUUUAAUUUGUUCUGCUAUUUAGAACCCCUUUAAUUUUAGAACCCCUGUAAUCGUUUGCUUUGCACCCUGUUCCCUAUUUUGAUUAUUGUCUCUCCUAAUUUUUUAACCCUUAAUUUUGGUGUCCCAUUCAGGGGUUAUUCUAAUUUGGGGAUUCAUGAAUUUUUCUAGUAAUUUUUGCAACUCUCACCACCGUUGGAGAAUUAGGAGACUACCUAAUACUUCUGUGAAGAAAAAAGUAAAACAUAUGUUUCUGUGGAUUUCAGCCAAAAUGAACUGCUUCUCUGAAAAUGUAAGAGAUUACAACUUGUUGCCGGGUGAGUAUGAGGAAUCUAGACAGAUUUGUACAAGAAAACCAACAAUUGCAAAGCGGACCAAGACUGAAAUUCUUGCAGAAAGAGUGGGAACAAGGAUACUUGACAUAGUGGCGAUGGAAACAACAGCGGAGGAACCCCCUUUCAUCCAGAAUAAAAAGAUCAAUACUCAGGUUGAUUCUUUCAUGACUUUCGCGAACGAGGUAACCCUAAAGCUCCCAAUGUUUAAAUUUCUGUCUAUUCAUAUCUCUCUGAUUCUUAACAUGAAAAACACAAUGUAUGGACCAAACAUUAGAGUCACAUUUAUCAUAAUAUUAAAUGUCUGUUAUGAUAGUUUGAAGGAUAGUUCUAGACUCAUACUUAAGCAUGAAAUUAAAACCAUACCAUUCUUAUAUUAGUUUCUGAGGGGGUUUGUAUCUUUUUGUUGGUUGAUGUAGCUAAUAAAACUGUAUGUAUGAGUAUUAGAUUCCCAGUUCUCUCAAGACAAUUCUACAUUAUUCUCAUCUUAGGAAAACUAGUUUAUCCCAAUGUAUCUUACUUUUGGCAGUUCCUUAAGACGAUAGCUUGGAACUGCCAAGGACUUGGAAACUUCUAUAAACCUGAGACAUACUCUAGUUUACAUGAUCUGCUAAACAGAGAAAAUCAAGACAUUAUAUUCAUUUCUGAAACCAAGCAACAAACUGAUAAUGUAGAAAAAAUCCUCAGAAAAAUAAAUGUUCACAACUACUGGAUAGUCCCACCUAGGGGUACAGCAGGAGGCCUUAUUCUAGCUUGGAAAGACAACGUUAACUUAACCAUCCUAGACUAUACUGAUAAUCAAAUAAAUGCUAGAGUCUUCGACCAAACAAUAAACUCACACUGGAUAAUUACGGGCUUCUAUGGAAUCCCCUACAGGCCUAAUAAGAUUGAUUCUUGGAACAUGAAAAGAAGCAUGGCUUCUACUAUCACAGAACCAUGGAUAAUAAUAGGAGAUUGUAACAUAAUGCUACAUGAAUCUGAAAAACAAAGUAGAUUCCCUUUCAAUCAAUCUGAAGCCAACAAUUUCAUCGAGCUCUUACAUUCUCUAGAUUUACAUGACCUAGGCUUCACAGGGUACCCAUUCACUUGGAACAACAGAAGAAAUGAUAAUGACUUUACGGAACAGCGACUAGAUAGAGCUCUAGCGAAUAAUGAGUUGUUAAAUAUUUUUCCUAACAGCAACUUAACCCAUCUAGAUCCUCUAAUCUCUGACCAAGUACCAAUCUGUCUAAGCACUUACGUGAACUGGCACGAUGGGGCAAAACCUUUCAAAUACUUUGGGCCGUGGAUGAAUCCCCCACAAUGUAAAACCAUUAUAGACAAUGCUUGGACUACUAAUACUAAUGGCUCUGCUGCUUACUGUUAUACAAGAAAACUUAAAUCUGUUAAACACAGUCUUAACAGAUGGAAUAAAGAAACUUCUGGCAACAUAAACACCAACAUAACAAACAUAAAACAAAAACUUGAUGAAGCGAAUCAGAACUUAACUUCCAAUACAAAAGCUAGAGAAAUGAAAAAACUUACUUUAGAACUAACCAAAUGGUAUAAUACAAAAGAAGAAUUUUGGAAAAUCAAAAGCAAAAAACAACACUUAGCUUUAGGAGAUAGAAACACUCAAUUUUUUCACGACUCAGCCAGACAGAGAUAUAGAAGAAAUAAGAUAGAUACCAUUAGGGACCAACACGGUGAUUGGCUUCAGGAAAAGAGAGAUAUAGCUAAUUGUCUCUCGCAACAUUUCAAAACCAUAGCUACCACAGUAAACCCAUCUAUGGAUGAAGACCUAAUCGAUCUUAUACCUACUAGCUUAAACGACAUGGAUAACAGAUUCUUAGAAUCUAGUCCAACUGAUAUCGAAAUUAGAAAUACUCUCUUCGCGAUGGAACCCAAUAAAAGUCCAGGACCAGAUGGUUUCCCACCGGCAUUCUUUCAAAAAAAACUGGGACACAAUUGGACCUGAACUUAUCCAAUUGAUCCAAUCUUUCUUUAGGACUGGAUACAUCUUAAAAGAACUAAAUUCCACAUUUAUCUCUCUAAUCCCCAAGGUCCCUAAACCUGUUACAGCAGCUGAGUUCAUACCAAUAGCCCUGUGUAACACGAUUUACAAAGUGAUUUCUAAAAUUCUUGCUAACAGAAUGAAACCCUUGUUGAAUAGGCUUAUUUCACCUUUCCAAUCUGCCUUCAUUCCGGGAAGGCAGAUAUCUGACAACACAACUGUGGCUCACGAAUUACUUCACAAUAUGAGAAAGAAAAAAGGUCUAAUGGGUUUAAAAGUUGACAUGUCUAAAGCAUUUGAUAGGGUCGAAUAGAACUUUCUCAUAAGAAUAAUGGAAAAAUGGGUUUUUCUGACAACUGGUGCCAUCUCAUAUACCAAUGCAUAUCGACUACAAAUCUGUCCAUUCUCUUGAAUGGAUCGCCUUGCGGUUUCUUCAAACCUACAAGAGGACUUAGACAGGGAGACCCACUCUCCCCCUACUAUUCCUUUUUUGUAUGGAAGCUCCGACCAGAACUAUCCUUCAUGCUGAAAACUUAGAUUUGAUAAAAGGUCACAAGAUAAUUAAAAAUGCUCCCUCAAUAACACAUCUUCUCUUCGCAGACGACUGCUUAGUCUUCUGCGAAGCUAAUUCUCAAGCCAACAACAAUUUAGUGAAAUUUUUUUCUGACUUUGGCAAGGCCUUGGAUCAGCUAAUAAAUCUAAACAAAUCGGAGGUUUUCUUUAGUGCAAAUACUGAUGCUGAAAUAAUGAAUGGCAUCCAAACAAACAUGAACAUAAAAACCAUAUCCUUGGAAGAUAAAUAUUUAGGUCCCCCCUGUUUACACAUAGAUCCAAAAUUAAGUGUUUCGAACCAGUAGUUGAAAUAGUGAAGACUAGGCUUCUUGGUAUGCAAAAAAGAAAUCUAAAUUCUGCUGGUAAAACUGUUAUGAUUAAAUCUGUUACUUCGUCUAUGAGCAUUUACCAUAUGUCUUGCUUUAAACUCCCAAAAAAAAAUCUGCAAAAACAUUAACAAAAUACAACGAGACUUUUGGUGUGGCAAAAAUAUCGAAAACCCGAAAGGAACCUACCUUAAAGCCUGGGAUAGUUUCUGGAAUCCCUUAGAAAAUGGAGGUUUAGGUCUACAAAACAUUGAGCUUUUUAACAAAGCAAUGCUAGCUAAGUUGGGAUGGAGACUUCAAUAAGAUCCGGACUCCUUAUGGGGCUCGAUCCUAAAAGUUGUUUACUAUCCUCUAAUUCUGACAUAAUGCACCUUGAUCCUACACCAAAAAGAACUGAUAGUUGGCUUUGGAAAGGAUUAAAAGCGGUAUUGGCAUAAUGCAGACUAACUGCUUCUGGUCUUUAGGAAACGGAAACAAAAUCAACAUAUGGAAUGACUUUUGGAUACCAAAUGUUAAACCUCCAAUAGCUAAACCUAAUAUAGAUACCGCUAAUCUAAAUUUUGUUAGCGAUUUGAUUACAAAUGAUAAAGUCUGGGAUACCUCUCAACUUGAAAGAUGUUUCGACAACCACACUGUUAGCAUAAUAAAAAGCAUCCCUAUCCCUACCAGUAACGUAGAAGAUAAAGUUGUAUGGAACUUAACCAGUAAUAAACAAUUUUCUGUAAAAUCCUUGUAUAACAAACUUAACAACAGUGAAGUUUCUAGCACUGAUUGGAGUAAAAUCUGGAAACUCAAAGCCUCCCCUUCUAUAAAAAUGUUCAUGUGGAAAAUAGCCAACUCCAUUCUUCCCACUAGUAUGCGAGUUGCGGCUAAAGUUCCAAACAUUAAUACCACCUGCAAACUGUGUAACAACUUCAAUGAAUCACUCUCUUAUCUGUUUUUGGACUGUCAAUUUGCCUCGCAAGUUCGGAACCAUCUGAAUUUUCAGAUGGACUAUGUUAAAAAUGGAACCAUUACUUGUCACGAUUGGAUUGAUAGUUGGUUUAGAGAUAAAAAGAGAGACAACAGCUUCAUAGGCUGGGCUGAAUUAUGUAGCACCAUUAACUGGCACAUAUGGAAGGCUCGUUGUAAUAAAGUUUUCGAAAAUGAAGAUCAGAAUAGCUGGCAAACUGCCAACACGAUAGUAAAAUACCUAAAUUCAUCUAACUAUAUACAGAAUGUUAACUACAACAUAAACCAAAGUCUAUAUUAUAAUCCACUGAAUGACCCUGACCUUAAAAUUACUCCCAUAAAUUGUUGGCACUUUCCAGGCUAUUUUAGAUAUCGUAUUAGUAUAGCUAUCUCUAUGUUACCAGAAAAUUGUGACUCAGCUAUUGGCUUAACACUAAUUGAUGAUGCAGGCAACUGCAAGGAAGCCAGAGGAAACUCAUCAGGAUGGAACUCUAGAGAGCUGUUAGAACAAGAAGGAGUUGAAGCUGCUUUUCAAUGGGCAAUGGAGCUUUCAGGACACGACAUUGAAUUUCAAAGCGACUGUGGACCGACAUUAAAGCUGCUUAUUGAUCUAUAUGUGAAAGCCAGGGAGGAAAGAUUCAACAAUAGCAAUCAGUUUGAAAACCAGAACUUACAAUUAUGCAACUUCAAAGCUUUAUCUUUUAAUUUGGUCAAUAGAUCAGACCAUUUCUUAGAGGCAAGCAUCUCUAAAAUGUGUGAUCGAAAUGUCAUCAACUCCAAAUGGACUGACGAUAGUUUAAACUCUUUGAUUCAGGAAUUCUGUAAUAAUCCUGAUUACAACUGGAUUCUGUAUUUCCCUAGCUACACAGAUGGUACUAGGAUGCUUAAUCCUAGAUAGACUGUUUCAAUUAGCUUUGAUUUUGGUCUAAUUUCUUAUAAAAAAAAGAGGGAAAAAAUGAAUAUCUUUAAUUGAA